UGAGUGACAGAUAUCACUUAAAACAAUUCGUGAUUGUUGAUAACAGUAAUUUGAGUGUAUUUAGUGAUUUCUCGUAGUGUCUUAAUUUUGUGAAUAUUUAUUUACAUCAAAAGUAAUGUAUUUGUAAUUCGUAAUCGUCAGGUUUAAAGGAAAGAUUUAUUUAUUGUAGUUAAUAUUAACAAUGUCUCGUGCAUCUAGUUCGAAUCGAUCGAUUGUGAUGAUGGACUGGCAAAGCACAGCUGAGGGUGAGACAGUUCUGCAACAUUUUUACAAUCCCCAAACAACUGGAAGAAAACUGUUUGGAAUACUGGAGAGGCCAUCGAUUCUCACCCAGGUGGAAGAAGUAUGCUACAAGCUGUUUUUUGUGGGCAAGUCAGGGAUAGGCAAGACGGCAACUGUGGCAAGACUGGCCGGGACUGCUACACCGUCAUCUUACAUUGAAACUGUCGGUAUCCGCAAGACCAAUGUUUACUGGCCAGUCAAAAUCUGGGACAAAGUAAUCCUGUUCAAGCUCCAGUGCUGGGACGCGGGCGACAACACCAUUAGGAAGUAUAGCCACAUUUUACCUUCGUGCAAGGAGAAAGUGGAUGCUCUGGUGUUUGUGUUCUCGUACUCGGAUUCCAACAGCUUCUCAGAACUGCCCCAGCUCAUCAACAAGAUGACUAAGGACGAGCCUAGUCAGCCUGCUUCAAUCGUUAUUGGAACAAGGUUUAGUUCUACCAACAAACUGGAGGUAGAUGUGGCGGAGACCAAGGAGUUUGAGCAGAAGUGGAGGGUGCCGGUUCUGAGACUUGGUAAAUCAGCGUCAAGUGAGAGGAAUGAGGUACACAAGGUGGCACCACUGCUCAAUACCAUCUGUGAACGGCUCUGGAUGCGGGACCAAGAGUACCUACUCAGACAUGGUUUUACAACAUGAUCCCUCUUUUCUUACACUGAUGUGAGACUUAAGUGAGUGCUUCAUCUGUUGAAAUUCUGAAGCUUUUCUUGACUUAUAUUUUCAUAACAAAUUAUUUUUAUUGCUUUUAGACAUGGAAAGAUGUCAUGUUUAGCUUAAAAACUCUAAAUUUACCUGAUAAAAUUGGAGUAUUUCAGAUCAACUGUUUAUUGAGGUUUGAGAAAGAUUUCUUCUUUUUCAUCACAGUAUUAUAAACUAAAUAUGAAUUAACUGUUCAACCUUAUAUGGUAUUUUGUUUUCAUAGUUGGAACUGAAUGUAUUAUUUACAAAAUUAUUAAGACUAGUUAUGCUUAACUUUUUCAAAUAAUAAUUAUGUUGCUGCCCUUAAUGCAGUAAUUUAUUCUUACAUAAAGCCACACAUAAAUGUUUACUGGCCCUAGUGAAAGAAGAGUUGUAUAAAUGUUUUAAUAAUAUGAAAAUGUUAUUGCAAACUUAGGCAUUAACAGGAUUAAGUAAUGGGAUGGAGAAUUGCAAUGGCCAGGGAUAAAUGAUGCAGGGAGAUUUAUAGAUUUGCCAACAUCUAAAUAU